ACUCUACUCUGCACCGGAGUUUCCCAGAGGUCGCUGAGUCAGAUAAGAGCCUCAAGAAAGGCAAAUUGUCUAACCUCCUCAGGACACAUCUGGUCUAUUUCCUGCCCUGUGUCUACUUACUUCUCCAUGAUUUUCAGGAACUAGAAAGAUGUACUGGAGAUGGGCAGGUAGCUUGGGAAAAUCCAAGGGUGGGAAAGUCCAAGGGCAUUACAUUAAGGGAGUGCCAUGUCAGGCUGAAUAAGCAGAGAAGCAGCCAGGCAGGGCAGCAGGUGGGUCCUGGCAGCCAAACUGAGCUGGACAUUGGGGUAGCCUGAUGGCAGCCAGCAGGGAGGGGGUCACAGGGAAAGGAAUCCAGAUCCUGGGGACUAUAAGGGAUUAGGCACCAAAGCAGUGACUUCAGGCUCACAAACAAGACAAGAACACAGUUAACAAGGCGGAGCGGCUUAAUUACAAUAAACAAUGUAAGAGUCCAGUUACUAGAACUGUAUGUUGUACAAGUUCAGUAAACAGUAGGUCUGAUUUGAAUUGAUGCAAAGCCCUCAUCUCUGAAUCAAUUCAAUUCCGCAAAUAUGUAUUAAAUAUUGACCGUGAACUGUACUAAGUGCUGGGUAUAUGAAGAUGAAAUGACAGUUUCUGUCCUCAGAAUUUAUAAUCUGAGAGGAAUGAUAAAACAUGUUCACGAAUAAAUAAGAAACCAAAGUAAAAUGUUUAAACUAAGUAAAUUUGUGGUGAAAAUGAUCAUUUUCAGCUAUGAAAUCAGACCUCUGAGGUGGGCCAUGAAAGAUCUUUCUCUAACCCAGAGGCUGGACUAAUCCCAGAGUAUCAGAGCAUGAUGUCAGAUCCCGUAUCCUAAAGCCCAGGAUAGGUUGGGGAAUAAAUUACUUUAGCCACAGGGCUUAGAGGAAUUAGAAUCAGAGAGGCAAAUCAUCACUCCACCUCUCACCCCUCCCUCUACCAGACACAGAGUUUUCUUGUGGAGGCAGCUCUGUGUCAUUUUUCAGGCAAAUGUAACCCCAGUGCUAGGCUUGGGGUCCCCUCAGGAGGUCAAACAGAACACAGCGGUAGUGGGACUGAAAGUUCUUCUUUGCUUCUGAUCUUGAUAAGUGGUGAGAACAUCAGAUGGAAACCCACGGAUAUUACACAAUUGACUAUUGCCGUCUUAUUUCCUGUGGUUGACUUUUAGACCUCUAGUUAGCUUUAUUAUUUGUUUUAGUAGAAUCUAGUCCUGUGAUCAUCAUUGAAGGUAACUGGAUGGGCAACAUGAGAAUCUGAAGUGAUCUCCCAUUCUUCAGGAUCUUUGCAGUGGUCCAAGCCAUCGUCUUCCCAGCUCUUCAAGAUUUUGAAGUACAAUGUCGGGAGAGAAAGUGUCCACUUGCGACCUGAGAGCAACCCCUAUCUUGUCAGCCUUCUUGGCACCAGUGCUGACUUUGGAGUGUAUUGUAGGGCUAUUGGGAAAUGGCUUUGCAUUCUUCAUCUUCUGUGUCCAUAUCCAACCUUGGAAAUCUAAUACCAUUUUUCUCCUGUGCCUAGUAAUCGCUGAUUUCCUCCUGAUCAUCAACUUACCCUUUCGGAUUGAUUAUUAUCGCCAUGGCCAGAAAUGGAAUUUUGGACCUGGUGCCUGCAAAGCUAACCUCUUCAUGAUGUCCACUAACCGUACAGCCAGCAUUAUCUUCCUUACUGCUGUUGCAUUUAAUCGCUAUCUGAAGGUGGUUUGGCCCCACCACACAUUGAGCCGGGCAUCUGUCAGAUCAGCAGCCCAGGUUUCUGUGGGGUUGUGGGUGCUCAUCCUGCUCAUGAAUGUGCCCCAACUCCUGAACAAUGUCCAGCCUGUUUACUCCAAUGCUUCUUGUCUCAGCUUUACAACAAACAAUACAAACCCUGCCCAGCGCUGGCACCACAUACUCUAUGGGCUGGAAUUCUUUCUGCCACUGGGAAUCAUCCUUUUCUCCAUCUUCAGCAUCAUCUUCACCAUCAGACGACGGAACCUGGGCAAGCAAGCAGGAACACGACGGGCAGUACUUGUACUGGGAAUAAUUGUCACUGUCUACAUCUUCUGCUUCUUGCCCAGCAUUAUCUUCGCUAUAGCCUCUGUCCUAGCUCAGCGACUCAAUAAUUGCCCUGCCCUCAACAUCUACACAGAGCUGUUCCAUGGAGCACUGGCCUUCACCUACCUCAACAGCACCCUUGAUCCUGUGCUCUACCUUUUCUCUAGCCCCAAUUUCCUCCACCAGAGCAAGGUGUUGCUCUGUAAGGGAGACCAGUCAGCUCGAAUAAGUGAUGAACAAGAGGGUGAUGAAGGCAACUCUUUCUAUCCAGCUAGGUUGACAGAUUCAAGGAGGGUAGAUACAGGAACUUUGCAGGAUUAG